AUGACAACCAAAGCACCCGGUAGCCAGAGCAAGAAGCGCGUGAGGUUCGAGGAAGACGCAGAGACUCGGCAAGUCAAGCGCCGUAUUCGAGAAAUGGUGUUACCCAAGAGUUCCCUGAUGACAGAGGAGGAGAAGACUUGCUGCUGGAUGCAAAGUGAAGAUCACCGGAAAACCUUACACGAUGUCAUGGCUCUGAUGCACGACUGUCGUAAUGAAUCUGCCGCUGACAAUGACAAGAACUCAUCCGACCCCAACAAGGUCUCCUUUGCGCAAUAUGCCGAAGCUCUCGCAUUGACCUUCACGCUCUGUGAUACCCCUCCAAUUACUCCAGAAGAAGACUAUGAGAAACAAGAUGACCCCGACACUCCCUCGUGGAACAUUCGUGACAGUCGGUCCGUGGGGCAGUUGGCACUCUGGGCAUCCAACCAUACCCCCACUAGAGGUGUCGAAUCCAAGAUUUUGCCCGGAUUGAAUCAGGAGCGUCAGCUGCGGCGGUCUAGAACUAUUCAGGGUGUCUUGGAGGCCCAAAAGCAACUGAAAACGAACCAGGCAGCGCCGGAGGAAACCGUGGCCACCAUCAGCGCGGUUUCUAAAGCUUGCUCUCAUUCCGCCAAACAAUUUGCCACGGCUCUAGCGGUGGUAGAUGGUACACAGGCGUGGUUGGAAUAUCAGUGUCUGUCAAAGCAACUAGAGCAUGUGGUGGACUACAAAGAAGAAGCAUCCAGCAAGCUAGUUUCCAUCUGCUCGUCUCCUUCCACAGAACAAGUUAGUCAAUAG